AUUCUGACCGAUCGCAUAUCAUAUUCAUUCAAUUCAAAAUGUCAAAUUAACACUUUCGCUCAUCACCGUUUCAAAUUCAUUUCACGGCCAUUUUCAUAAAUUUUGUGUUAUACAUAGUAUGAAUUUCAUUCAACAUGGUUCAGAAGGAAAUUGUUCAAAUUCAUGUAGGACAAGCGGGUGUCCAAAUUGGCUCCGCAUGUUGGGAGCUAUUUAAUCUCGAACACGCCGUUCAACCCAACGGAAUGCUAGCUCAUGAAUACAUCAAACCAAUGUCGAUAAAUGCCGAAAGUGUGAAUAACAUAGAAACGUUUUACUAUAUGACGGAUUCAAGUCGAGAGGCUAGAUGCCAGCCAAGAUGCGUAAUGGUGGAUCUUGAACCGUCUGUAAUUGACGAAAUUAGAACAGGUACAUACAGACAACUUUUUCGCCCUGAGUCACUUCUGACUGGAAAAGAAGACGCUGCGAGCAAUUUUGCGCGAGGGAUGUACACAGUUGGAAAAGAAAUGUUAGAUGCAGCAUUAGAUUCUAUACGAAGAACGACUGACGAAUGUGAAAAUCUUCAGGGAUUUAUUAUUUAUAGGAGUUAUGGCGGUGGGACAGGAUCAGGUUUUACCACAAUUUUAUCUGAACGGUUGCAUAAUGAGUUCGACAAGUGCACAAUAAUGGAAUACGGAAUUUAUCCAUCGCCAUGUUUGUCACCUGUUAUAGUCGAGCCCUACAACACUGUCUUUAGUGCUCAUGGAGCACUCGAAUAUCAAGACAUCAGUUUUUUGCUAGACAAUCAAGCUGCUUAUAAUAUUCUGGAACGCAAGUUAGAAGUAAAAGAACCGACUUAUUCAAAUGUUAACACGCUUCUCGCACAGGUUGUAUCCAAUAAAACAGCAUCCUUGAGGUACGAAGGUGGAUUGAAUGUCAGUCUUCGAGAAAUGAAUACCAACUUGGUGCCUUAUCCGCGCCUUCAUUUUCCUCUGAUCACAUACGCACCAUUCAUACCAGUUUCACAAUCAUUCUAUGAAGAAGGAUCCAUACUUUCUCUGACAAACUCAUGCUUUGAACCGGCGAAUCAAUUAAUAGUGUGCAAUCCGUGGCAAGGAAAGUUUCUCAGUUGCUGCAUGCUUUACAGGGGAAAUGUUCAGCCCACCGAUGUCAACACAGCAAUAUACAAUGUAAAGAACCAGAAGAAAAACUGGUUCGUUGGGUGGUGCCCAACGGGAUUUAAAGUGAGUAUAAAUUACUUGCCACCAACUUGCUUGCCCGGUGGAGAUUUAGCUAACGUGCAACGCUCGGUGGUGAUGCUUUCAAAUACAACAGCAAUCAAAACAAGUUGGCAAGACGUUGCAGAAAAAUUCCGCAUAAUGUACCAAACGCGUGCAUUUGUGCAUCAUUAUGUUGCAGAAGGAAUGGAAGAGGCAGAGUUUGUUGAUGCUUUGGAGGAUAUUGAAGCACUUGUAGAAGAUUACAAAGAAGUUGAAUCAUAAUUCAAAAUUAAAUCUAAUUUAUUUAAAAA